GAGGCGCACUGUGCGCUGGGAGAGAAUUGGGUUUACUCUAACACUUGGAAGUUACCAUAAUAAACGUGGGUGUUUUUAAAAUGAAGACAUCUUGAGGAUGGGUUGUUUGGAGUAAAAGUCUGCAUCAUCGCGCACGAAAGGAGGGAUUUUUCACCACCAGCUUGGAGUAAAAACACCACAAGUGGAGGACAGAAGAUCGGAAGGCAUGUCGUCGGAAAAACACGGUCUCGAUGACUCUGGCCGUCAGACCAUGCAGCCUCCUCCGUACCUCCCCGGCCCGCAAGACCCAAACGUACCUCAUCAUCCCAACAUGCAGCCUGCACCGGGCACCCAACCCAACUACCCUCCUCCGCCUCCUCCUCCAGGAUCAGAUGGAUAUCUUCAAGAAACCCAGUUCCACUGCGGCCCGCUGGGUCCCCAGGGGGCCCCGCAGGGCUACGCGGUCCAGACCCAAGGCCCCGGAGGCACCAUGCCUCACGCCCCUGUAGGAUACAUCCAUCCAGGUUACCCGCUUCAGCUGCAGCCCUGCACAGCUUACGUACCCGUCUACCCCAUGGCAUCGGGUCAACCCUACAUGCCAGCCGGAGGAGGCCACCCAGGGAUUCUACCGGGCCAGAAUUAUCCAAUGCAAAUGCCACCCAGCAUCACCCUAAUGGACCGUCGACCGCCACACGACUACCUGCCCAUCGCCGUGCUCACCACCGUCUGCUGCUUCUGGCCAACAGGCAUUAUUGCGAUCAUCAAAGCAGUGCAGGUGCGCACAGCGAUAUCCAGAGGGGACAUGGUGACGGCGGAAAUAGCCUCCCGCGAGGCACGCAACUUCUCCUUCAUCAGCCUGGCUGUUGGCAUCGCCUCCAUUGUGCUGUGCACCAUCCUCACCGUUGUUGUCAUCAUUGCCUCGCAGCACCACGAUGACGACUGGGAGCCGUAACUCCACGCAGCGUCAGACAAAUGGGAAAUCAUGGCA